CAAACCACAGCAGACUCUGUGUCUCAGUGGCGGGAUGAAGGCCGUGUUGCUGUCUGGCUCCAUGUCCCCAUUCUCCAGAGCAGCCUUGUGGCAGUGGCUGCUUCCCAAGGCUUUGCUUUCCACCACGCUGAGCAGGGCUCGUCCACGCUGACGCUGUGGCUGGGAGAGGGGCCCAGCAGGCUGCCAGGGUUCGCCACACACCAGCUGGGGGUUGCAGGUGCUGUUCUAGAUGAAAGAACUGGAAAGGUGUUGGUUGUACAAGACAGAAAUAAGACUGUAAACGCAUGGAAAUUUCCAGGAGGUCUGUCUAAUCCAGGAGAAGACAUUGGAGACACAGCAGUUCGAGAGGUUUUUGAAGAGACUGGCAUCAAGUCAGAGUUCAAGUCCAUCCUAAGCAUCAGGCAGCAACACGAACACCCCGGAGCCUUUGGGAAGUCGGACAUGUACAUCAUCUGCCGCAUGGAGCCCUGCUCCUUCCACAUCAGCUUCUGCCAGCACGAGUGCCUCCGGUGCGAGUGGAUGGACCUGGAGGAGCUGGCCAGGACGGAAAACGCCACGCCCAUCACCAGCACCGUGGCCAAGCUCUUACUGUUCGGGUACCGGGAAGGGUUUGAUAGGAUUGACAUAACCAUGAGGGAGUUCCCAGCUGUCUACACAGGCCUGUUCUACAAACUCUACCACAGGGAGCUGCCUGAGUCCUACAGAAACAUGACGUGAUAGCAAUACAUUUCACAUUUCCAUAUAGUAAUAAUUUAGAAUUAUUAUUGCAGUGUUGCAUAUUACAGUUAUCCUGGACUUCUUUUU